UGUUCAAAAUUUCUAAGUAAUUUAUCAACACAGGCGUUAAGUUAUGCGAUUUGUCAUUAAUCUUCUAGCGGGGAAGCCCUUGAGUUGUGAAAACAUCGGGCGAGUAACCUUUGUGGAAAGCGGCUUUCCGUCGGCAAUCCUUCAAUUUGUUAUCUGAGCAUCCAUUCUACAAAAUUUGCUGCUGCAAGUGAAAAUAUCAGUUAUGAUGGUGGAUAAAUGCCACGCCCAUGGCUUAUUAGCUUCCUUCCAUUGCUAGAGGCUGACAACUGACUUCCAUUUCGCGCGCGGAAGCGAUGAAAAGCUGCAGUUCUUGUCAUGAUAAGGAAGAGAACUAACGACAGGAGCUCCAAUCGCCAGCAGCGGUCAAGUCUAUGGCAAAACUGUACAAACCUUCGCUCUCUAAAGCAAAUACAUGCUUCCCUUAUAACCAAAGGCUUCAAUUCAUGCUCAUCAGCCUUAAGGGAACUCAUUUUCGCCAGUGCUAUGUCCAUUUCUGGCACCAUAGACUAUGCCCAUCAACUGUUCGCUCAGAUUUCCGAACCGGACAUCUUCAUGUGGAACACAAUGAUGAGAGGUUCAGCUCAAAGUCAUCACCCAUUAAAAGCAUUUUCACUCUAUUCCCAGAUGGAGGGAACCGGUAUAAAGCCUGAUAAGUUCACGUUUUCUUUCUUGCUUAAGGCUUGUACCAGGCUUGAAUGGAGAAAAACUGGUUCUUGUAUUCAUGGAAAGAUCGUCAAGUACGGGUUUGAAGAUAAUAAGUUUGUGAGAAAUACCCUUAUUUAUCAUCAUGCUAACUGUGGGGAUUUGGGGAUAGCUAGAGCCAUUUUUUAUGAUUCAGGAGAAAGGGAUAUUGUUGCAUGGUCUGCUUUAACUGCAGGUUAUGCAAGGAGAGGGCAAUUGAGGAUGGCGAGACAGCUGUUUGAUGAAAUGCCAGUUAAGGAUUUGGUUGCUUGGAAUGUGAUGAUUACAGCAUAUGCUAAGAAAGGGGAGAUGAAGUUGGCAAGGAGACUCUUCGAUGAGGUUCCUAAAAAGGAUGUUGUGACUUGGAACGUGAUGAUUGCAGGAUAUGUGCUUUCUGGGGAGAACAAGCAGGCAUUGGAGAUGUUUGAAGAGAUGAGAGGUGUAGGAGAGCAGCCAGAUGAGGUCACUAUGCUGAGUCUUUUGUCAGCUUGCACGGAUUUGGGUGAUUUGGAUGUUGGCAUGAAGGUGCAUCGCUCAAUUUUGGAGAUGAGUUUAGGAGAUAUGAGUGUAUUAUUGGGGAAUGCGCUUAUAUACAUGUAUGCCAAGUGUGGCAGUAUUGAAAGAGCACUUGAAGUGUUCAGAGGGAUGAGGGAGAAAGAUGUCUCAACAUGGAAUUCAGUUAUAUUAGGUUUGGCUUUUCAUGGCCACGCUGAGGAGUCGAUCAAUUUGUUUGCAGAGAUUCAAAGGUUGAAAAAUAUCAGACCAAAUGAAAUCACUUUUGUUGGAGUGCUAGUUGCUUGCAGUCAUGCUGGUAAAGUCGAAAUGGGGCGUCAAUAUUUUAAUGUUAUGAAAGAUGUGUAUGGCUUAGAGCCAAAUGAAAGACACUAUGGGUGUAUGGUGGAUCUUUUAGGGCGUGCAGGGCUAUUGAAUGAUGCAUUUGAGUUCAUAGAAAGUAUGAAUAUUGAACCUAAUGCUGUAAUUUGGAGGACUCUUCUAGGGGCUUGUAGAAUACAUGGAAAUGUUGAGCUGGGUAGGCGUGCAAAUGAGAAACUACUGACAUUGAGAAGGGAUGAGAGUGGGGAUUACGUGUUACUCUCCAACUUAUAUGCUUCAGUAGGUGAGUGGGAUGGAGCUCAGAAGGUUAGGAACUUGAUGGAUGAGAGUGGAGUGAAUAAAGAACCUGGUUGUAGCGUAAUUGAAGCGGUUGAAGAAAAAGCUCUCAUGCGAUUUUUGUUUGAUUCAAAGAACAAGUUAAAUUCAAGAAAUCAAAUAUCAUAAGGUGCAAGUUUUGGUGAGACUUGCUUUCAUGUCUCUCUCUCACAUGCUACUGGAAUACGACUGAAUACCAUGUGCUGAUAAAUGAUAAUCUCAUUCCAUUACUCUUAUGUAGAUUGCAUUUUUUUUUAACCUUUUUCCUCUAAUAUUCCUUGGAAAUUAUUAACCUGAUUAUUUUCUUGA